AUGCCCAUAACAAUAGGGGCCGCCAUUCGACAUCAAGCCAGCCUGACAAGCCAAACAAGUCACCACAACCCUCCCACAUCUACCACUCCUGAGGUUCCUGCCACUGGAUCCCCCUUGCCUGCAGCUACCGCAACCGUUCCCAAUCAAGUUCUAAUUCUUCAGGCCACCCUGGAAGUUCGAUUCGUGCCUGAACUGGAAAACAACCAGUCAACAGAAUAUCAAGAUUUAGCAACAACAGUCUUUGGAUUCUGUGAUGUCAUUUUCAGCAUCCGGUAUGGGAUUCUUUUUGAGCGGACAGAAGUGCGAUCAUUCAGUCGCAGAGAAGAAGGGACAGCUGUAGAGGUGGCGCUGAUUUUCAACGGGACCAGAUCAGAAACAUUGCCCAGCACAGACGAUGUCGCGGAGACCUUGAUAAGAGCAGUGACGGACCCCGAUGCCACGUUCACAACUCAGUUCAAUGUCACUGUGGUGAUUGACUCCAUCCGCGUGCUAACUCCAACUACAACAACUCCUCUAACUACCACUACUGCUCCAACUACAACAACUCCUCUACCUACCACUACUGCUCCAACUACAAAAACUCCUCUAACUACCACUACUACUCCAAUUACAACAACUCCUCUACCUACCACUACUGCUCCAACUACAACAACUCCUCUACCUACCACUACUGCUCCAACUACAACAACUUCUCUACCUACCACUACUACUCCAAAUACAACAACUCAUCUAACUACCACUACUGAUCCAAAUACAACAACUCCUCUACCUACCACUACUGCUCCAACUACAACAGCUCCUCCCACUACUUCUACUGCUCCAACUACAACAGCUCCUCCAACUACAAUAGAUCCUCAAACUAGAACAGCUCCUCCCACUACCACAGCUCCUCCAACUACAAUAGCUCCUCCAACUAAAUCAGCUCCUCCAACUACAACAGCUCCUCUCAGUACCACUACUGCUCCAACUACAACAGCUCCUUCUACAACAACAGCACCUCCCACUACAACAACUGCUCCAACAACAGUAGCGCCUCCCACUGCCUCUACUGUUCAGACUACAACAGCUCCUCCAACUACAACAACUCCUCUACCUACCACUACUGCUCCAACUACAACAACUUCUCUACCUACCACUACUACUCCAACUACAACAACUCAUCUAACUACCACUACUGAUCCAAAUACAACAACUCCUCUACCUACCACUACUGCUCCAACUACAACAACUCCUCUAGCUACCACUAUUGCUCCAACUAAAAAAACUCCUCUACCUACCACUACUGCUCCAACUACAACAACUCCUCAACAGCUCCUCCCACUACCACAGCUCCUCCAACUACAAUAG